CACAACUUCACUCAGGACUCAGAACAGACUAAAAGUGUGAUCAGAAGAGCUGCGAUAAAAAUUCAACAUUUCACUGGAAUUUUGAGGAUUUAUCUUGGCUUGAGAUAAGUCAUCACUGCUCUAAUUCACAGAAUUCUACAGUUUUUGUUUUGUUUUUUAGUUUGUUUUGUUUGUCUUUUCUGCACCUGCAAUGUCCUCCAAGGCAAAACAUCUUAAUUGGUCGGAGGGGAACAUUCGGGAUCGACUGGCUGAAGAACUUUCGGAUCCAUCCAGACUUGCACGCAGCGACUCUAGAAAUUGGCUAUCCCCAACCGCUCCGCUGCACACAUACACGUCCACUGCGGGAGUUGCUGUAGGCCAGUAUGGGCACGCUACUGUGGACGUCUCCCUGGAAAAUUCGACGUCUGGAAAUAAAAUGAGCGAGAAUCCUCUUGGCAUUGCCGGGGUCCUGUCUGUAGGUCAGGGAGGCAAUACCAAACCGCAAAGCGGGCCACAGAAGCACCGGCGCGUCGCGGCCAACGCCAGGGAGCGCCGGAGGAUGCACGGGCUUAACCAUGCUUUUGACAAACUUAGGAGUGUUAUACCGUCAAUGGAGAACGAGAAGAAGCUAUCCAAAUACGACACACUCCAAAUGGCACAGAUAUACAUCAAUGAACUGUCCGAGUUGUUAGACGGUGUGGUGCAGUCGGACUGUCGAGGACCGAGAGGGACCUGCAUGUCUCAAGACUGCCUGAGACGGGAGAACUCGAUUCAGGCGUUCUCACCUGACAGCCUGACGCGAACCGGCCUUGUAUACGCGAUGGAGCCAUCCCAGCCUCCCAUACACCUGAUGGGAGAUGCCCGUGACGCCGAAGACACUGUCGGGCGUUUGCUCAUACUGUCCACUUCCAAAUCGGAUUUUUCGAAGGACAAGAACGAAUGUGGAGGGUCCAACGGCAGCGAUGGUGAAUCUUCGCUCUUAAGUGAUGCCGAGGACGGUCACGGCUUGACUCACUGA